AUGUCAAGCAGUGAAAGGAAAGCCACUGCCAGUGUCGACAGGCACCCAACGGUGGUCCCAAAUCUCUCUUCAGAUGACAGCCAGGACCCACCAGGUGCAAUUGCUGCAGCCAACAAAGAAGUCCCUGUUGCCGGUAGGGAGGAAACUAUUGCCUCUGGAACAGAAAGGCAACAGGACAGGAAGAAAAAACAGGAUUUGUUCCAAGAAUUAGAAGAGCCGAUUCAGAAAGUUCUUCAGGAAAACAGAGAAAGAUUCUUGAGGAUCGUGGCAUCGUCUUUCCUUACCAUGGAGGUCAAAGUUAAGGACAUUCUAAAAACCCAGUGUGAACAGAGGCAGAAACUUUAUCAGGACUAUUCUCUUCAGGUUACAAAUUUGAGUAAGAAGCUAACCACGGAUGCAAACCAAGUCAAGAAGCAUGCCGAAAAACUCUGCAAUAUGUUUAUGGAGCAACAGAAGUUUAUUCAUGAAUCUCUCACUCUGCAGAAGAACAGAAUGGAGGAAUUUAAGGCACUGUGUGAAGAAUACUUGGAGAAAUUUGAGGUGCUGAGGGAUUCUCAGGCAAAUUCCAUUGCUGAAGAGCUGAGAUGUCUCAUAGCCACCUUGAAGUAA